CCCGGGCUGCUGGGUGAAGCGCGGACACUGUUUGGCGGUGAGUCUGGGGCCGGCCGGAGCUCAAAGCCUCAGACCGCGGGAGACGUCCAAAGAAACGAAGGACUUGGUGUUCCGGAGCGGCCGCCCCUGACUGCGGGUUCCCCGCCUGCCGCCGCGGACGCCCCCGCCCUCGCCGCCUGGAGAACCGGCCCUGAGAGGCCUCUAGGCCUAGGCGCGGCCCGCGGAGCCCGACGUGUUGCUGCUGCCGGAGCUGCUGUGAGUAAUACGAGCGCCCUCUCCACGGUCGUUUGCAGAUUAAAAUGGAGGAAAUUUCGUUGGCUAACCUGGAUACUAACAAGCUAGAGGCCAUCGCUCAGGAGAUAUACGUAGACCUGAUAGAGGAUUCUUGUUUGGGCUUCUGCUUUGAGGUGCACCGGGCAGUCAAGUGUGGCUACUUCUACCUGGAGUUCGCGGACACUGGUAGUGUGAAGGAUUUUGGCAUUCAGCCAGUGGAAGAUAAAGGAGCAUGCCGCCUCCCGCUUUGCUCCCUUCCUGGAGAAUCUGGGAAUGGGCCCGAUCCGCAGCUGCAACGCUCACCUCCGGAAUUCCAGUAGCCGCAACGUGAGAGGGCCUAAGUGUGACCAGGACAGUAACCUAGACCGGUCCUGUGGUCUGGAGAAGUUAGGUAGCUGAGUAGAAAAAAAUAAAAUCAGACAAAAGUCCCAAUUCCCAUUGAAGAGUCUAGCCUUUAAAAGCCCAAAGUGGAGAAUUUUAAAAUUCGGAUUUUUUUUCUAAGUAUAUUAUCUGGGAUCAGCUUUGAAACCCUGGGCAGGAGGAUCUGUGCAUCUUGUGUGCCAUGCAAUGCAGGUUGAUCUCUAAACACAGCAGGAAGUGCACAAGAUCCCUGUACUGCCCCCAGUGCACAGGUGAGCAGCUGUGUGCCCAGCAUACAAGAUCCUUUGGUUACUCAUCCUGUCAGUCUGCCUGAUGUGAAGGGCUUCCUGGAUAACUGACACUUUGGACAUAACUGAUGGUCAGGCCUUUAUCUUUGGGCCUCUUUGGGACUGCUGCUCUGGUCUGGGCCUCUGAUUUGGGCUUCUCCAGGACAAAAUGAAAGUCAGGUAUGAAAUCUGGAUAUCAAGAAUUACAGUUUGGGGAAACUCAGAAAAAGGAUUUCCAGCUGAUUGUGAUAGGGGAAGGUCUGUGGUGUUGGCUCCAACAAGAAGAAAAGGUCAAAGCCAUCAGCUUCCCAAAGGUCCAGCAUUUACAGUGACUUCAACGGACUUGGGGACAAGGACUAGCCUUUUGCUGAACAGAGCCCUCUUUCUGGCGCCCCACCUGGUGGCAUAGGCUUAGCAAAUGGACAACUUGGUUAUCCAGGCAGGUUGAGGAUUUGGUUAUGGUCCCUUGGGGAGGUAGCAGGGGCUUCUGCAACUAUGCACGAUCUCUCAAACUGCAAGAUUCCUAUCUGGAUAUAUUCUUCUGUGGACAACAGUUUGGUGGGGUAGUCAUUUUCCUACUCUUGAGUUCUAGUUACCUAGCCAGUCCAUGGGCCUGACUUGGUCAUUAUGCCAGGUCACUACCUGCCUUCUGUCCUAGGGGCAGGCCUGAACUAUAGAGGAGCAUCAUGACUGUGCAAGAGGCUAUGGUUUGAAAGCUGAGCCCAGAGUGGACCUCUUCCAGCAGCCCUCAAUAAUGUGAAUGGGUUAGUGAUAGGAGCCAAGGAGCAGGACUGGGUUUUCUCCCAUCUGCCUGUGCAGUGUCCUAUUGAAUGCCCCUGUUCCUUGGGUUGUGCAGUUACAGAGCUCUGCUGUCUUACCUCUAGGCUGACAUCACCUUCUCUGCCCCUCGCCAAGGGCAGCCCUUUCACUUGGUCCUCUUUGGAUCUUGAUUACAGGAGCUGUUUGUUGUUGAAAGGGAAGGGCCCCCGAAAUUCCCUGGCUUCAGGGAAUGGGAUAGGAGAGGAUGGAAAAUGUGAGCCACGUGUCAAAACUACCCUCACUUUAUCCCAGUUGAGGGUUUAUGACGUGUAGAGGUGUGGGAGCCCCAAGGUGAGCAGGAACGGUGCUGCUUUAUUUGAAAUGGUUUCUUACCUCAUUCUGUGCCCCACUAAGGGGCCCAGCCUCAUCCGUCUGGCUUGGCCUCACGUUCCUCCUUUUCCCUGCUCCACUGCCUAUCUGGUGCAGCUCAUGACUCCAGGUGCUGCCUGCCUGCCACCCUGCUUUCACAGUGACCAGCUUCAGUUCAUCCCUUGAUGCUCCUGCUUCUGAAGCCUGUCCAGUUUCCUUUUUCCUUGGCUUCUUUUAAGUUUUUAACCCCCCCUUGUUUUUGUGGGAGACUCAGAAGAAAUUAUGGCUCCUGCUGUUGAGAUUAGGAUGGGAAGAAAACCCAAAGUGGACAAACUGAAAUGUAUACCUUAUCUCUAAUUGUUUGUAAAUGAAAGGCAAUGUGAUUCCCAAGUCUUUCUCUUAUAGAACUGCCUUGCUAAUAUGCCUUCCUGCUGUGUCUUACUUCAUGAGGAGUUAUAUCUCCCCACUUCCACUUGAAUAUUGCUUCCUAAGACCUAAGCAGAAGAACAGUAAAAGCUAGAGACAAACACAUGGAUGGAGUGGGUCCUGAUCCAUUUUCUCUAACCCUGGCUGUGCAUGUAUCCUUCCUUAUUCCAGAAGGAAUAGUCUGGACUAUGUCACUGAUUUGGGUUACAUGCUCUAGAAGAUUCAGGAAACCAUUAGUAAUAGGGCCUCAAGACUAGAUUAUUGCAUCUCUUCCCCUAGAGUUGUCGUGGUAGGGGCCUAGUUACAGAUUGGUCUUCAAUUCAAGAAUUGUGACUACUUUUUAAAAAGUCACACCUUGGCAAGAACUAAUAUAAUUUUGGGUAAUCUGCCCUUGACUUUUUAUAGACAUCUUUCUAAAGGGAUAUAAAGGUAAAGGAAGGUCUAACUGAGACUCUGGCCUACUUCCAGAUAAUGUCUGGGAAACAGGCUGAAGGUAAGGCCAUGAUUCACCCUUCCUUCAUGGAGGAAGCUCAGAUUGUGACAUUAUCAUUUUUUUUCUGACCUUUUCUCCUGGUUAGAGGAGGAAGUGGGAAGUUCAUAUUAUCUCUCUCUUGGUUUUUGGUUUUUGCCCCACACUGUUAGGGCAGUAGCCCCCUGCCCUGGAUGGGUAUGAGGUGGGCUGGAACAAACUCUUUGUUUUGGUGGAGAUAAUGCUCCCUACCAUAUAGUUGACAGUGGUUAGGAAAUCUCCCUUUCCCUACCUAUCUUCCCUUUAACAGCAAAAUUCCUGUCCUUUCCUCCUCAAAUGUAUUGAUCACUCUGUAAUUCUAUUAUGUAUCUGUGUGUGUGUGUGUGUGUGUGUGUGUGUAUGGGGGAAAGGGGUUCUUUACAAAUUUUCUGUGGUUUGUGGCUUUUUCUUCCAAACAUUAGUUUCUAUCACCGCAUGCCCAGGGGCCAUUGCCUGGCAUUAUAGCAUGCUGGGAUCAUUGGGGAAGUGUAGUGAAACUCACCCCUGUCCUUUGUUUUGGAGAUUCUUAUUUUUGCAUAAGUAGUCUAUCCUAUACAGAUUGCUGUGUAUUCCCCUUGCCCCUAUGGCUGCUGGUGUAAAUAAAUUGCAUCUCCCCAUUGGUAAACAGUAAUAAUAAAAUUUUAAAAAAUGAUUUUA